AUGUCUGCUCCAGCUCUAGCUCCAGCUCAAGAACAAAGAAGAGGCGGCUUCGGUGGCCGCAACAAGGGCCGUCAAGGCAGAAGAGGUAGAAGAGACGUUGAGGAAAAGGGCUGGGUCCCAGUUACCAAGCUUGGUAGACUUGUCAAGGCCGGUAAGGUCACCUCUAUCGAGGAGAUCUUCUUGCACUCUUUGCCUGUCAAGGAAUUCCAAAUCAUUGACACCUUGUUGCCAACUUUGAAGGACGAGGUCAUGAACAUUAAGCCUGUUCAAAAGCAAACCAGAGCCGGUCAAAGAACCAGAUUCAAGGCCGUCGUCGUUGUUGGUGACUCCAACGGCCAUGUUGGUCUAGGUAUCAAGACCGCUAAGGAAGUCGCGGGCGCCAUCAGAGCCGGUAUCAUCAUUGCCAAGCUUUCUGUCAUUCCUAUCAGAAGAGGUUACUGGGGCUCCAACUUGGGUCAACCCCACUCUUUGCCAAACAAGACCUCCGGUAAGUGUGGUUCCGUCGUUGUCAGACUCAUCCCAGCCCCAAGAGGUUCCGGUAUUGUCGCUUCUCCUGCUGUCAAGAAGCUUUUGGAAUUGGCCGGUCUUGAGGAUGUCUACACCUCUUCUAACGGUUCUACCAGAACUUUGGAAAACACUUUGAAAGCCGCUUUCGUCGCCAUCGGUAACACCUACGGUUUCUUGACUCCAAACUUGUGGAACGAGCAACCUUUGCCAGUGUCCCCAUUGGACGUCUACUCCGACGAGGCCGCUGUCCAAAAGAAGAAGUACUAA